CUUUGCGUACCUUCUCGUUCUUUCCUCUUCCACCCCAUUUUCUUUCUUUUCCAUCUCCUUCUUUCUCUCUCCUCCCUAUCCACCCUCUCUCGCCCCUCCCAGAACCUUCUAGAAUCCUCAUUCCUUCAUCUCAGAUCUAUCAACGUAGAUUGAUUGAUUGAUUACCUCUUCAUCCGAUUAACCAUAUUAUUUUGAAGCUCGUGAUGGCUCCUCCUCCAGGAGACCACCGCAGCGGCGGCGUGGACUCACCGGCUGGUGACGCGGCUGCUAGAUCUCUCCCGACGCCGUUUCUCACGAAAACUUACCAGCUCGUUGAAGAUAAGACCAUUGAUGACGUCAUCUCCUGGAACGAAGACGGAUCUACGUUUAUCGUCUGGAAUCCUACAGAAUUCGCUAAGGAUUUGCUUCCGAAAUACUUUAAACACAAUAAUUUCUCAAGUUUUGUCCGUCAGUUGAAUACCUAUGGAUUUAGAAAAGUUGUACCUGAUCGCUGGGAGUUCUCUAACGAUUGUUUCCGUAGAGGAGAGAAGCAUCUGUUAAGCGAUAUUCAACGUCGGAAGAUUUCAGCAGCAGCAGCUUCACCGACGCAACCACAAGCUCCACCGCCGACGGUUACAGCUACACCGAUUGUCACAGUAGCAUCUCAGCCAAUCAGAGCGGUUUCUCCUAGCGGUUCCGGCGAAGAACAAGUCCUGUCAUCUAACUCAUCACGAGGUGGUAGUGGUACACCUAUUCUUUCUCGUGAAACAUCAGGAGGAAGUAACAACGCUGAGCUCGUUGGCGAAAACGAGCGGUUACGGAGAGAAAACGUUCAGCUGAACAAAGAGUUAAGUCAGAUGAAGAAUCUGUGUUCUAACAUUUACGUGAUGAUGUCUACUUACGCUGGGGAUAAACAGUCUGAAGGAAGCAGUUCACAGCAGGAAGUGAGGAAGACGAUUGAACCGCUAGAUCUGUUACCGUUGAAGCGGUUAGCAGAGGAGUGUAUAGGCAACAGCAACACCACCUGUGGAAGUAAUGGUGGUUUAGAAGGUGGUACAGAUGAGUUGAUGAACCCUAGAUUAUUUGGUGUAACAAUAGGGAUGAAACGGUGGAGGGAUGUCGGGUCGGAUCCGUAUAAUGAUCUGCAGCUACAACAGCCUGGAGGCGACGUUAAAUCUGAGCCGUUGGAUCGUAACGAGAGUGGUAGCAGCAAUGGUGAUAAUAAUUAAUAUUUAAUAUUUAAUGUUUAAUAACUGAUAAUCAUUGAUCUACGUGGAGGAUGAAGCAAUCUGAGCGGUCAGAUCGGUAUGUAGGUAGUUUGAGGUUUAAAAAUCGAAGGUGGAAAAGUGUAAAUGUGGUAAAGUUUACACGGGGGAGGUCACGUGCCGAAUGUUAAUCACGUGGCUUGCAGAAAUUGUUGGACCUUUAAGUUUUGGCCUUUUGGUUUAAAAAGAUUUACCUUUGUGAAAAGUCAAGAUUGGUAGGAACACAACAAUUCAAUCAACUUGUAUGAGGCUCUUGGUCAAAAUUUUAGAAUAAACUUGUAUCAUUGUAUGUAAUGUUUUCAAAUAGUUUCUUUGAGGUUGGGUUUCUUUAAACAAAUGCUUUAUAUUUAAUGUGACGAUUUAAUAA